AGCAUCGAGGAAACAACAUGCCUGAACCCGCCAAGUCCGCGCCCAAGAAGGGCUCCAAGAAAGCCGUGACCAAGACCGCCGGCAAAGGAGGCAAGAAGAAGAGGAAGACCAGGAGGGAGAGCUACGCCAUCUACGUGUACAAGGUGCUGAAGCAGGUGCACCCCGACACCGGCAUCUCCUCCAAGGCCAUGAGCAUCAUGAACUCGUUCGUCAACGACAUCUUCGAGCGCAUCGCCUCCGAGGCCUCUCGCCUGGCUCACUACAACAAGCGCUCCACCAUCACCUCCAGAGAGAUCCAGACCGCCGUGCGCCUCCUGCUGCCCGGUGAGCUGGCCAAGCACGCCGUGUCCGAGGGCACCAAGGCCGUCACCAAGUACACCAGCUCCAAGUAAACUCUCCCGCUCUCUCCCAUCAACACAACGGCUCUUCUCAGAGCCACACACCUCAAUCUAAGCGCACACAUUCAACCUUAAACAACUGCAUGGCAGCUACUUCAUACACCUGCAACAUGACUCAGCAGAAUACAUGUAUUUAAUAUAAAGUACAGACCUCAAGUGCUC